AAGUCACCUGACUCGUGCAGAUGACUAUUGACAGACUCAGACGUAGGAAGAAUUUUGGGUAACUAAUAUAAAGUUGCUUUUGUUUGGUCUGUACGGAAAAUGGCUUCUUUUAUCUUCUGUGGUCCGAAAUUGGCAACAUGUAUGCUGGUGUUGAGCAUGUGGGGAGUCAUUAUGCUGGCAAUGCUGGGGAUUUUCUUCAGUGUUCAUUCAGCUGGACUUAUUGAGGACGUGCCUUUAAAGGAGGAAGACUACCAUCAGAUUCAGGACGUGUACGCUGUCUACAAUAAUGUUGGCUACAACUGCUUCAUUGCUGCAGGAAUCUACGUGGUGAUCGGCCUGGUGUCUUUUGUUCAAGUCCGACUAAACAAGCGUAAUGAUUAUCUUGUGCGUUAGCGCCAUCUGGUGGCUGGAUAAAUCCAACUCCUUGAAAGUCAUUUAACUGUAUAUUAAAGAAGAAAAAUGUUUGAUUUUUAAUUUGUAAAAAGCCAACAUUUCCACUUUGUACAGCAUUCUCAGGUUUAUAUCUUAAAUAAGAUCAGUGUGGGAUUAUUAUUUAUGGAAGGAGGAUUGUUGUAUUUAGUUCAUUCUUUACAUUUUCUCACCAGGUGUAUUGUAGACCAAAUGCUUUAAGACUUUUAACAAUAAACAUGUGCCACUGUCAGGCUAAAAGUAAA